AACUGUCAAAGUUAACCUAUAUGCGCAAAUGACGAUGAAAAUACAUCAACGAUAGAAAUCUAUUAUCAGUUGCGACAAGUGCAGCCCCAUGAAUCUCGUUUUAGCCUGACCAUUGCUUAAAUAAUUUAUUGUUUACAGUGAUAAAUAAAUUCAUGAUAAAUGAAAUUAGUUUAAAAUGUUAUCUUAUGUCGUUCGUAAAAUUCUAACCUUAUAGCAUUGUUGAUCGGCUAAAGAGUUUGAUGUGUUUUAACAAAUUGUUUUCAUUAUGACGAAAUCAUCAAUAAAACAGCGAUUCGCAACCCCAUUAAAACUGCAAUCGUACGAGGACGACGAUGAAAAAGCGAAAUUCUACCGACCGAUGCCCACCGAGCACUUCCUGGGCGUGCUGUGCCUCAUGGUCGCGGUUUUCGCCGCCGUGAUCAUCAUCGAGAAGCAGCUGCCAUUGGGGCUGAAAAUCGUGGACGAGACCAAGCACAAGGACCGAUUCGUCGCCGAGCGGGCGCACAACAUCCUCAACAAGCUGACCAAGAUCGGGCCCCGGGUGGCGGGCAGCCCGCAGAACGAGAUCCAAGCCGUCAAUCUGCUGAAGGACGAGAUCAACCGCGUGAUCAGGGAGAAGAACGGGAAUCACGUUAUCGAGCUGGACGUCCAGAAGGCCAGCGGCGCUUUCAACUUGGAGUUUCUGGACGGGAUGACCAACGUUUAUCAGGACUUGCAGAACGUCGUGGUCAAGGUGGGGUCGAAGAUCAAUUCGUCGCACAGUUUGCUCAUCAACUGUCACUUUGACACAGUCGUCGACAGUCUAGGAGCUAGUGACGAUGGAGCAGGUUGUGCCGUUAUGUUGGAAAUAUUGCGGGUGUUAUCGAAAUCAGACAAAAUUUUGAGGCACAACGUGAUAUUUUUAUUCAACGGCGGCGAAGAAAAUUUCAUGCCUGCUUCUCACGGUUUCAUAACCCAACACAAAUGGGCGAAAGAGGUGAGGGCAUUUAUAAACUUGGAGGCUUGCGGGGCUGGUGGGAGGGAGGUGCUGUUCCAGGCGGGGCCGAAUCACCCCUGGAUUCUGGAGACCUAUUCCGAAGAAGUGCCUUAUCCAUACGCAUCCUCAUUGGCACAGGAAAUCUUUCAAAGCGGCGUCAUACCCGGGGACACUGACUACAGAAUCUUCAGGGAUUUCGGAAACAUUUCAGGCCUGGAUUUCGCGUGGUCCGCAAAUGGCUACGUGUACCACACGAAGUUUGACUCCAUCGAGCAAAUUCCGCUCGGUUCGUUGCAACGAACCGGCGACAACAUUUUGGCGUUGGCGCGCGGUAUGGCGCAGGGUCACCAACUUUCCAACGUGGAAGAAUAUCGCGCGGGGAACCUGGUGUUUUUCGACUUUCUGGGCGCGUUUGUCAUCCGCUGGCCCAUGCUGGUCGCCGACGUCAUCAACCUUCUAUCUGUGAUACUUUCAUUGUACUCUAUUUACAACAACUCCAAAGAAGCUGAAGUUACUGACAGUUUAAAGCAAAGGCAAUUUAACAAAAAGUUACUGGGAUGCGUGGUGAUCGUGUUCGUAUCGUGGUUAUUAUCGGUACUUACGGCCGUCGGUCUGGCCGGCAUUUUGAACGGUCUUGGCCGCACAAUGAGCUGGUACGCAAGACCGAUGUGGGCAUUUUUCUUGUACGUCAUACCCACCAUUCUGGUGUCCAUGGCUACGAUCCUCCUGCAUGCCAAAUAUUAUCAUAAGGAUCUGCAGCUAUCUCCAUGGCUAGUAUUUCAAAUGUACUAUGACGCUUAUCAGUUCAUUUGGACGGUAGUACUAAUUUUCGGCACACUCUUCAGGAUACGGUCCAGUUUUAUAGCAUUGUCGUGGGUAUUUUUUGUAUCCAUUGGUAAUAUAUUAAAAUCUAAAAUGUUUGGAAAAUGGAGAGAUCCAAAAUGGUUGCUGCUGCAUAUAGCGAUGGUGGGCUUACCGUUCGUGCAAGGUUUCUACCUCAUCAUAGGCGCUCUAUACUUAUUCAUACCUAUAAUGGGUAGAGCGGGCGCUGGUAGCCACGCGGAGCUACUCAUAGCGCUAAUGGUAAGCACGAUGUUCGCCCAACUGAUCAGCUUCGCGGUGCCCAUAAUUUUGCUCGUCAGAAGGGUGGAACGCAUUUUCAGCCUUCUCUCUGGGAUAUUCCUCAUCUCUUUGGCUCUGCUGAUUUUGACCCCGCUGGGGUUCCCCUACUCGGGCGAGCCCGGAUCCCUGGCCCCGCAGCGUUUCAUGAUGGCGCACACCAAGAGGACGUUCCACGACGUCACCGGAGCCGUCUCCGGGCAGUCCUCCGGGUUUUGGUUCGCUGAUAUGGACAUCAACAGUCCGCACACUGUCGACAGGUACGCUCCCGACAUGGUGAACGCCGUGCUGGUGGAAGAUGACUGCGAUAGGUAUUUGUAUUGCGGCAUGCCGUAUUUAGUGCCGGUUCUGACGAUGAUCUGGAAGACUCACUGGCUGCCCGGGCCGGUUCCGGAACUUCUGAAUCCGAUUAACAUGACGGUUUUAAGCAGGGAGAGGAUCGAUAGUGGAGAGAGAAUUACCGUGGAGAUCUCAGGUCCAGCUCAUAUUGGAGUAAUGAUAUCUCCAGUACCUGGAGUAAGUCUGGAUAAAUGGAGCAUACCAACUUCAAGUCCUUUGGCAGGACCAAAGUGGAAAAAUAGGGAAACAUAUUUCGUUUACUAUGCCUACGGCUUAAAACCAGUUCCACUGAGGUUCUCCAUGGACUUUAAGAUCCCUCAAAAUCACAAAGGCCCCGUAAUGGACUUUGCGGUGACGUCACACUACCUAUUUGGCCCUGGAAAAACGACGAAAGCCCUGGAAAAGUUGGUGUCUCAAUUCCCGCACUGGACUGCUGUCACAUCCUGGACGGCCUCGUACGAAUCCUGGAUUCUCUAAGGACGAUUUUAGUUAGUUGUUUAAGGUAUGUUUACAGUUUUACCAUUAUAAAUUCUGCGACUGAUCCGAAGACAAUUUUUUUUAUUUAUCACGCUAAAGGUGGCCUAAAAAUAAAAUGAACUCUUCCAUAUAAAAUCCGUUCAGCAUUGCAUAUACAUACGGUAAAUUUAAAAUAGUGCAUGCCUAAAUUCAAAGUUAUACCUAGGUAAUUUUAUAAAAUUCGCAAUAGAAUACACAUUAGACCAAGUUUUUAAAAUUCUUAAAUUUUUUCGAAAUGUUGCCUUGUGCCAACUGUAGUAAUACUGAAUUUGCUCACAUGUUGAAUCUUCCUUAAUUCCACAAUAUUAUUAUCUCGAAAAGCAAUAAAUUUUGGGUUUUAAGGAAGAUGUAGUAAUUUUAAUUAGGAGUAUUAGAAUAGUUUUCGAUUUUUACAGGCUUACAAAAUAUAGUAGAUUUUCUUGAUGUAUAAAAACAAUUUUAUCCGUCCAGCUAUAAAAACAAUAUUUAAGAUAUUAUUUUAAUUUAAUCGGAACCAUUAAGGAAACUAUUUGUGUAAAAAGUAUUAAAAUUUUUUUUGUACAUUUUUAUACCUCAAGAAUUUCUUUUAGAGGUCAAUUACAUACAUAUCCCACCUAACCAAAAAAUACAGAUUUUUUUGCCAACAUUUGGUUUACAAUACCUUACCUAUACAUGCCUAAUAGUGCUUUAUUCAGGUGAUAAUUAGACAAGCUGAGAUUUGUGUACUGUAAUAGGUAUGUUUUAAUUAAUUAUAAUUAUAAUUAUAACACAGUACGACAAAAUUUGAUUUUUUUUCCUCCCAUGAAAAAUUUCUAUAGAUUUUGAAAAUAUGAUACCGUGGUCUCGGCGUUUUUUCAGAUCAAGUCAUAUUUUUUUCAAUUAAGCCUAUUUUUCUAAAAUAUUUUAAACAAAAUGCCACUUCCGGCUUGACCGGAAGUGACAUCAACUUUGUUAUUUUAAAUGGAACACCCCAUAUAUUUUAACAUUUUUAAAUUCUACAUAAAAUUUUGAGUAAAAUUUUUUUUCCGUUUUUUUUUUCCGUUCUCCAGAAACUUUCAAUGGACCACGAAUGUGAAACACCCUGUAUAUCAAGCGGUGUUUUUAGGUUGUGAUUCGAAAGCAAUGUAUAAUCGUCAAACUAAAAGAUCAAGAUUUGUUUUCAACAUAUAUUUAAUAUAAGAUAAAUACAAAUCUGUUGUUUUAUUUAAAAAAAUCAAAAAAUUAAAACCAGAAAUA